AUGGAUUCUCCAAGAUUCUCCCAAUUUGACGUCUCAGUCACUACCUACAGAACCAUCCAGAACCAUGAAAUUCAAGCCUAUGUUUUAAUUCCCAAAAACAUAUCUCCCGGAAAACAUCCUCUGAUCGUGAAAAUUCACGGUGGAGGCUCCGUAGCUAAACCCCCACAAACAUCCUCCCUAUCCCCCACUAACAACCCCCAGGUAGCCGGCUCCGGCAUCUACCCCAUCUGGUUCGCGCAAUACCUCCUUACGCUCGCGCUCCAAAACUCCGCCAUCAUCAUCGCCCCCAACUACCGCCUUCUCCCCGAAUCCUCCGCCCCAGAAAUGAUCUCCGACAUCUCCAACUUCUGGACCUGGCUCCGCACUCCUGCAUUCCAAAAUUCUCUCCCUUCUACUAUCACCGCCGAUCUUUCCCGCACCCUUCUAUAUGGUGAUAGCGCUGGCGGCCAUCUAGCCGUAUUAUCCGCAUUGACAGAGCCGGAAAACACCAUCAAAGCUUGUAUAGCAGCAUAUCCCCAAUUAGAUAUCGAAUCUGAAUGGUUCAACGAGAAAUUCGAAAAACAUCCGUUCGGGGUUCCCAUGCUACCCACUUCGAUUCUAGAUGGGCAUUUGGAGGCGAUGGAUCCGGAGACUAGUAAAAGGGAACUUUGUUCGGAUACUCAGGAUCCGACUGAGAGGCUUAGUUUAAUUCUUGUGGCGAUGCAGCAGGGAAGGUUCAAGGAGAUGUUUGGGGAUGAGGAACAUGUUUAUCCUUUUCGGGUGCUGGAAAAGGUUGCGGGGGAGAAAAAGAGGAAUGGGGAGGGAAAGGGAAAAGUACCGUAUCUGUGGAUAUAUCAUGGGGAUGGAGAUAGCGUGUUACCGGUUGAAGGAAGCACGAAAUUUGCGGGGAAGUGGAGCGAGGAGUUUGGUGAGGAGAGUCUUAAAUUUUAUGUGGAGACGGGGGCGGAACAUGGGUUUGACUGUGAAGCGGAUGUUGAUGUGGGAUGGGUGAAGGAUGGAUUGGAGGUUGUGAAGGGGGUAUGGUUGGGGUAG